GAUGUCUUUAUCUCUUAAGGCAUUCAUCCAGAGUUUUCUCUCAGAUGUUGAGAAAAACACACUUAAUAACCUUACCUGUUUUCUCUGGACCACCAUAAUUUUUUUGUCUCUAUUAUAAUUCUCUUAACCUCAAACCAUCAAACAUUAUUCAACAACACAACACAAAGCAGCAGCCAUGAAGAUCCAGUGUGAUGUCUGUCACAAAGAAGUCGCCUCCUUCUUCUGCCCUUCAGACGAAGCAGCUCUCUGCCAUGCCUGUGAUCGCACCAUCCACCAUGCCAACAAGCUCGCUCACAAACACAAACGCCUCUCUCUCUGCCACCCCACCUCCAUACCCGCCACUCUCUGUGAUAUCUGUCAUGAGAAGCGCGCUUACGUCUUCUGCAGAGAAGACAGAGCUCUACUUUGCAGACAAUGUGAUGUUUCCAUCCAUGAUGUCAACGAACAUACCAAGACGCACGACAGGUUUCUUCUCACUGGAAUAACGCUUGAAGAAAAAACAAGAACAACCUCAACCUCGUCAACCUCGAACGAAAACAUCGAUUCUUUUGGUUCUUCUUAUAACUCGAGUUCGGUUUCAACAAGCAGCUUAUCUGAGUACUUGAUUCAGACCAUUCCCGGUUACUGCAUGGAAGACCUUUUAGAUGCUUCGUUUCCUGCAUCAAAUGCUUUCUCUAAGGAUUAUGAGUUUCCGAAUGAAGAUGUUCAAGUUAGCAUGUGCUCUUUCCCACUCCAAACUCAAUUUAGCACAGCUUCGAAUCUUCAUCCUGAAAUGCCAAAAGCCAAAGCUGGUGAAGGAUACUCAGAUUGGAUUCAUAAUUCUGAUUCCACAGCCUACAGAGUUCCCUCGAUUUCUCCUCCUUUAGUAAAAAAAAUCAAACGCUCUCGUUGAUCAAUUCUAUGUGAAAAUUUGUGGCAGAAUUGAGUUACUUUUCUGCAAUUUUUCUUGUUCUGUAUGAAGAUUCAUGGAAACCACCAAAACCCUUACUUUCUGCAUUUUUUUUUUCAAAAUUUUAAUUUUUCUUCUUUUUUCUGUUGGAAGUUCACUUAAUAAAAUU